CGAGUGAUUGGCGAGCGGAGGCAUUUCCUUCCGGCGGGAAGGUUCCCGGAAACGUGGACUUGGGGCGGAGUUUGGAUGUUCUUACCGGGUUGGGCGGGCCCUGUCUGGGAGGGGUCUGUGAGAGAGCCCUGGGUCCCCCCGCCCGAUGAGGAGAUGGAUGAGGAUGGGCUUCCUCUCAUGGGGUCGGGCAUAGACCUGACCAAGGUGCCAGCUAUUCAACAGAAAAGAACGGUGGCGUUUCUUAACCAAUUUGUGGUGCACACAGUACAGUUCCUCAACCACUUUUCUACUGUUUGUGAGGAGAAACUGGCAGACCUUUCUCUUCGUAUCCAACAAAUCGAAACAACUCUCAAUAUUUUAGAUGCAAAGUUGUCAUCUAUUCCAGGACUAGAUGAUGUCACAUUUGAAGUAUCUCCUGUAAGUGUCAGUACUAUCACAAAUGGACCACAAUCUAAAGCCACUUCAGAUCAAUCACAGCAGAACAGUAUACAAGACUCUGGACCACAGGAAAUUGAAGUAGCAGCAGAAAAUAUCUUAACUGUAGCCAAGGAUCCAAGAUAUGCCAGAUAUCUCAAAAUGGUUCAAGUG